AGGUAAUGUAUAGAGUGUAGAUGGUCGGGUAACAUUCACCUGAAGACACACACGAUGUUGGACCGUGUUUUGCUGGCAGUGCUCGGACUGUCCUAUUGCCUGCUUCUGGUGGGGAGUGCGGCGGAAAUGUUCAAAGACCCUGGUUUCGAGAGUCCCGACAUCCAGUCUAGUUGGACAGCCAGAGGAUGUCAGAUGCGUUCAUCCACUGAUCAUGUGGAGGGAAAGCACUCGGUGGAAAUCUCAUCACGAACUGCUUCAUGGGCGGGGCCUGGACAGAUGGCUUCCCUCCACGUCAACACCCGUUACUUCGUCCAGGCCCGUGUCAAACAGCUGAACGAUGUGACUGGAAAGAUAUUUCAGAAGUUCGCCAUUUUAAUGGACAUUCAGCUUCAUAAUGGUUCCCACAGCUACGUGGACGUGGUGGAGAACAAAGCCAUGUACAGCCAAAAGGGAUGGACCUCCAUCUCGGGCUACUUCAUGUUCCAGGAGACAGAUCACACGACCAUAGAACUGAGAGUGUCCGGGCCAGACAAAACCGUCAAUUACCGAGUGGAUGACAUGUCACUGACGGAAAUACCCGAGGACAAGAACUGGAAGUCUGAGGCCGACAAGAGGAUUGAUCAGCUCAGGAAGAACAACAUACACUUUAGCGUCCAUGCUCCGCCACAUGUAUCCACCGCUGACCUUGACAUUCAGGUGGACUUGGUGAAACACAGCUUCCCAUUCGGAUCCCAGACGCGAUAUCAUGAGAUGUUUACAUACCCGCACUACGACGACUUGUUCUACUACAUGUUCAACUGGGCCACCGAGAACGACUACUACUGGUUCCAGAAUCAUCAACCACGGCACGACCCUGACUACGGGAAUGUUACAAAAGCACUGAAUCUACUUCACCAGCAUGGAAUAUCUAUACGAGGUCACAACAUAUUCUGGGGUAACGCUCGUCGAACACCAGCGUGGGUGCAGGGUCUGAGUCCCGACCAGGUCAAGCAGGCAGUGGAUGAAAGGAUACAGUACAUCGUCAAGGACACCAAGGGGAAGUUGCAACAUUGGGAUGUCAACAACGAGCAUCUUUACGGGCACUGGUUCGAGGAACACACUGGAGACAGAUUCUUCACUCACAAGAUCUUCGCCAAGUUGCACCAGGCAGAUCCAAGUGUCAAGCUCUUCCUCAAUGAUGCCAAUGUUGUGGCGAGAGGCACAUUGACAUCAGCAUACGUGGACCAGGCGAAGGAGUUCAAAUCGGCCAAUGUCGGUCUGUAUGGACUGGGUGUCGAGAGCCACUUUACACCCUACAAGGCCCCUGAUCCAACACUUAUCAAGAGACGUCUGGACAUGUUGGCCACAACUGGCCUGCCUCUGUGGGUCACCGAGAUGGACGUUGUGGCCAGUGACGAAAAUACCCGAGCUGACUGGUAUGACACGGCAUUGCGCAUUGUGUUCAGUCACCCGGAUGUGGAGGGCAUCAUACUCUGGGGAUUCUGGGAUGAACAUCACUGGAGAGGCCCGGAUGCAGCUCUUGUUAAUGGACCCCAGUUCCAUAUUAACGCAGCAGGAAAGAGAUACAUCGACCUCCUCUACAAAGAAUGGAGUACGCAUGUCACGCACAGGGUGUCAUCAGGGACACAGUUUAACGUCAGAGGAUUCCACGGAAACUACAGGGUGGUCGUCAAAUACCAUGGCAACCCGGUGAUGCAGCAGACUUUUACCCUCGGGAACCAAGACAAACAAGUUAGCAUCCAGAUCACCAACGUCAACCAUAUCAUCAAUAUCCCCACGGCGACAUCCCCGCUUGAUUACCAUCAUUCAGUACCCCAUCCUGUGACACACAUCAACGAACGAACAAUUGGUCACAUGACUUCCGGCUCUUCCAAUCAGCUUAAAUGUUUAACCAGAUACUCAGGAUUUUCUGAAGUCGCAGAUGACAAGAAGGCGGAAGUAGGAUGUCCUUCCGGGUACGUCCUGACUGGAUGCUCAGGAAAGGUGAAGGACAAUCGUGAUCAAACCGAUGGGGAGAAAAUAUCCUUCCACACUGGAGCCACAUGUGGGGCCUAUGAAGGAGGGUCACCUACGGCACCUCUCCAGGCGGUGGCAAGAUGUUGCAUGUUGACGGGUCUCAAGUGUGACUACCGGACGUCCGGCCCUUCACUGGAUGUCCUCGGCCAGAGAAUUGAGACUAGGUGUCAGAACAACAUGUAUGCCACUGGUUGUGCUGCGCACACCUUCUUCCGGUUAUCUGACGGAACCUUCCCAUCAGCACAUUCCUGUAUUGCUCAGAAUUUUGAAAACAAAGGAGGGUUGCAGUCUUCGGCAGUGUGUUGCUCGGCUCCCCAUCUCACAUGCCGCGUGAAGGUCUCCCCUCCCUCGGGUCACAAGUUGGGGGACACAACGUCUGUGUCAUGUGACUCUGGCUGGCACCUCGUGGGAUGUUCAGCCUACUCAGAGGAUGCUAAACUGAGUGGGGCCUAUAUAAGAGGUAACCCGGAACUGUGUGAGGCAGUGAAUGGUGCCGAGAGACUGUACGGGGAGAUGGGGGCCGAAGCCUACGCCACCUGCUGCCGCACACAGUUAUGAGAAUAAAACUCACAAACCUCA